AAAAUACAUGGGCUGUAUUCAAAAUAUUAUCAACAUGGGUUAUUUAAUUUCUUGAAAAGUUGAACAAUUAAUACAUCUCAUUUGUUUACUGGAAUGUCAACAACUCUGCGGAUACAAUUCGACAAAAUCUGACGCUUUUCUGUCUGGAACUACAAACCGGGAUUAUUUAUGAUAUCUGGCGGAUCAGAGCAUACCCUUGCUCGCGCCAUCAUGGAACAUUUCCACCCGACAACAUUUCCAGAAAGCUUGAAAGCUACCUUGAACUGUUAUCAGUUAUCUAGCAUAGAUAGCCUUAGUGGCCCGAGUGGAUUUCCAGCAUUGGCUGCUCAAAUGUGGUUUAAGGAAAACAAGCAAUUGCCACCAAUACCACCUCAACCAAUGGUACAAAUUCCAUAUUUCAUUCCUAACGACAAGUCGGCGAAGCGUUCGGAAACGUGUUUAGCCGGGGAGAAGAUUGCCUGUUUCAUUGUGGGCGGUGAGAAAAGACUCUGUCUUCCACAGAUACUGACUUCAGUAUUGAGAGAAUACAGUAUAGCUGAAAUAAACCAAGCAUGUGCCGAUCUUCACAUUUACUGCAGUCGGUGCCUGCCUAAACAGUUAGAAACUCUCAAAGUACUAGGAAUAUUACCGAUAAACACUGCACAGUGUGGUCUGAUAACAAAGACAGAUGCUGAAAGAUUAGUGGCACUUUUAACGGAUCAACAUGAGCCUGUGAAAUCACACAGAGAUCGACUUCCAAAGCAUAUUGAUCCAGACAGUGGUAUUGAAGUUUAUCAUGAAUGCUUUGGACGAGGUUAUGGAAAAAUUUACCCAGAACUUUACAAUUCACCUAUUGCACCCUGCAUUGUAUGUGAAGGUUGUGGAUGUAUGUAUAGCCCUCAACGUUUCAUCACACAUUCUCACAGGUCUUUUGAGAAGCGAACAUGCCAUUGGGGCUUUGACCCUGAUAGCUGGCGGAAUUAUCUUCUGCUACCUAAAGAUCUUGAAGGAGCGAAACGUGAAGAAUAUCAAAAAAUUCUUGAUCAGGUCAAAUCAAGAUUUGAGCAACGGUAUGAUGUACCUUCUCACCCACCUGUAAGAUAUUCUGGGGGUUCUCCAACACCAAGCAAGAGAAGAUAUGAUUCGGAACAAGAAUCACCUAUUCGUAAGAAAAUUAAAGAAGAAGAUACGAAAAUUUUCGAUCCAGCACUACUACCUCAUCCCUACGCAUCAUUGCAAUAUGGAGUCCAAAGUGCCAUGCGUCAUUCCGCCUUUCGUCCGUGGAGCCCCGGACUGGCAACCGCCAUGAGUGGCGGACCGAAUCCAGGCGAUAUUCCAGUCGUUCAAGAGAUACCACAACAUCUCAAAGGACUUUUGCCUAUCACGUUUGACAGAAGAGGAUUCUCUCAAUUUAUUCAAAACGAAAGACCUGUGGUCAUUGGCAGCAGCAGCAGAGCAUCAGAUUUUCCUAUUGCACCACCAGAUGGUCGACCUGUUCCAAGUAUCGGAAUUCCACCUUCCAGUGGAAGAAAAAAAUCCGCAGAUAUUGAAAAAUCGAAUCCAGCGAAAAUUUGUCUGAAGUCACCAACCAGAGAUUCUGCUGCUGAAAAAGACAAAAACAACAAUCAUUGUGCUGAUCCUGUGUCUGGAUUAUCAAAUCGAAACUUGCCUAAAGUUAGUAUGACAAGAAAAUAUUCGAUCGAUAGAAGUCCGCACGAGCGUCCAAGAAAAUUGUCAACAUCACCUUCACGACAUCACCCCAAUGUCGCAGAAGUUAGACCUCGUUCUCGUCAACGUCAUACAUCACCUGUUCCGUACCGAGAACAGAUCCCAGUGACCCCAAAUUCAUCUCAACGUGCCCCGACGACAUCAACAAGCUACUCUCACAGUAGCAACAACAACAAUAUGUUAUUGAAGGAACCGAAAGAAGAAUAUGAAAUUGCUCGACCUAUAUCUCGCUCUCGUGAAGCCGCUGCUACAGCGAUGCUUGAGUUGAAGUCAUCUGGGUUAUACAGAUCUGUCGCACCUCCUCCACCACUCGCUCGACACUCACCUCCCCCCACUCCUGUUUCGGAAACUUCGACUAAGGUUGUCUCAACAUCGAAGCCAGUACCAUCAAUUGUUCCUCUCGACUCAACUAAACAGCAAUACAAAUGGAUGAUCGCUGGACACAGUUAUGUCAUCAGUGCUGCUGGUAUUCAGAGCCUUGAAGCGACACGUUCAAUAGUUGGCUCUGAAUGUGGAAACGAAGCAGCAAGAAAUCGUAUCAUGCACGAGUUUGUUAAAAUGAAAUCACUUUUCGAGGAAAAGUUUGAUAUAGAAAUGAGAGUUCGCCGAGACCUGGAAUUGGAACUCGAACAUUUAAAAGCAAGUAAAAGAGAAAAAAUACAGGCAACAUCGGAAAAAAGAAAACAAAUAAACGAAGAAAUGGACAUUAUGAGACAAGAACACAGUAGAAGGAUGAAAGAACUCUCGAAGUCUCAGGAAAUGUUUCUGAGUAAGUUGAAAGAUCAAGGAAGAGAUUCUGGAGUUGCUUCUGCCAUUAAGAAUGACCAAGACCUUCGUGCCAGAAUCCACGAGUUAGAAAUGAAAAACGAUAAACUAAGAUUGGAUCUGAUGGACGAAAGAGAAAAAAGAACGGACGCUGAACUCAAACAAAAAGAAGCGACGGAAUCCUCGAGAGGAAGAAUUUCUUUCCUGCUGCAGUCACCCCUUUCUCGUAUGGUGCGCGGAGUUGCGGGUAGAAAAGCAGCAGAUGAAGAAUCUUCGAUAACAUCAUCGUGCACCAACAAAAAUAUUUCCUCAACCCAGGUACCAUCAUUUCCUUCUGUGUCAUCAAUUACCAGUACAUCUUCCCAUCAGCGUCAACUGAACGGAAUACUAUCUCCUACAGCGCCACCUGUCAAUUGCCUCCCUCAUGAACAAUCUAUAAACAGUGACGUCGAGUCACAAAAGCCUGUCAUUGUUUCGUAAAGAGUACAUGCAACGUUUCGAUUACAUUCAUACAAAAAGUACGUUUUCGAUCAACUGUACACAAGCAUUUGUAUAUAGCUUCGAUACCAAAAGGUAAUGCUUUGGACUAAGCUGGCAAUUCAUUCAAUUCCAAAUUCAAGAGGCAACAUGUUCUUUUAUUAGAUUUAAACAUACUGCUUAUUUGUGUGAUUGCAUCGUUGGAAUAUUUUAUUAGUUGAGAAAUCAUUUUGAAAUUGGAGUAUAGUAGGAACUUUUCAACAAUGUUCACUCUUUCUUUGUAAAAUUGAAAAAGACGAAAUUUUGCAUUCUAGAUUUUAGCUGUUUUGUGUGGAUAUAAAAUCUCAGGUAUUAGACCAAAAAUCAUCUCUCUAUACUCAAAGUGAUCCUCUGAAAUAUCGUAAUAGCGUUGUAUGCUUUUGUUCCAUAUAGUCGUUUUCUAAUGGGUUAAUGUCUUUCGUUUCUGCGGCCUUUUAAUACUAGUAAGGUGUAUGUAUCUGUUUUUGGUUUUGCCACCCAACAGCAAUGAAGCUAUCAAUAAUUGCGUAGUUCUUUUGAUUAUCUCAUUGUCUGUUAUAUUCUGAUACCUCAAACUUAGUUUUAACAUAGUCAUAUUACUACGUUGUUGUAACUAUGUGCAUCUACUACUAUUUCUAUUAUAUUUUCUUUAUUGUAUGCGACUUAGUAUUUAGCCACAACAUUGAUGUUUUCAGUUGCCCGCUUUGCUUGAAUCUUUGCAGAAGAUUCUAAUGAAUUCUUCUUGUUUUUUAUUGCUUUUAUUCAUUCGCCUUAUAUAAAUUCGCAUAUAUAUAUUUCAAUUUGAAGUUCAAAAUUGUCAUUUUGUGAAGAUGAAAAAUCCGUGUGGCCUAUUUUCUCAUUCUAUAUUCCUUCGCCAGCCAUCCCAUAAAAAUUUCAAUUUGUAUGUUGAAGCGAAAAACAAAGAACUUUAUUCGCUUAUUUUGCAUUGUUUUUGGCCAUGUAAAAGGUACAUCUGUUUUAUUAUAAAUUACUCAAUUACUCUGUAGCAACAAGUGCUAAUUUGGUUUAUGUAACGGUAAUUUUUUUAUGCUUGAAAAAAAAACGUAAAGUUGAUAUUAAGAUUUUUGUUCAAGAAUAAAAUCCAAAUACGGGAUUCUGAAAUCAACAUGGCCAUAUACAAAUAUCUGCUAUCCACCAUCUGUCAAAAAAUUGACUUUUUUUUUUCCAAGUUACUCAUACCGGUUCUGUUAUUUCUUAAAGUAUCAUAGUACAAAAAGCAUUGUAUAGUGAAUAUUUCAGCUCUGAUAAAGAAGUUAACAACAGAUAACCCAACAGCCAUACUCAAAUUGGUUUAUGAUGAAUGUAUUCAAGAUGAAUUCAAAUUGAAGCAAGUUAACAGAAUAUUUAUUGUGAUCUCCUUUUUAGUAAUAUUGAAUAUCUAUUGGGAAUUUUCCUUUGUCUCCAGUAUAUGUCGUUGUAGAAUUUCCUUCUGGUUCAUAACAAUUUUCAGGAAUCGCACUGCAUCGAUGAAAAACAGUCGAAAUAAACCCUGCACCCGCUUAACCCCACUUUCUGUUGGUAUUUCUUUGUUUUUGCUGAAAUAUUUUUCUACAGUACUUAAAUGUUUUUCAGAGUUUUCGCUCAUGACCAGCACCAUACAUAUAAUAUUUUGCCCAGAAAUAUACAUUGUAUAUAUAUAUAUUUUUGAAUAAUUCCUCAUAAUUGUGCAUAUUUUGAUGCCAUGAAUAUCUACAACAGUGCUUAGCAAAAACGAUAUCCAAUUUUUAAACAAUGAAAGGCGUUCAAAUCUCAAUGUAAUUCCACAUGCCAUGAAUAUGGAAUAUUCAAUGAACUUAAUGAAGCGCCUGUUUUCCAUCUUGUUCCUGAUUCUAUGUAUUAUUUAAUUGUUUAUAAAAAUUCUUUUGUCAAAUUUAUGGCCUGCUCAAGUCUUUAGUUUAAUUUUAUGUAUUUUAGAUUAGACUUGAAACAAGCGUGAUCGAGUAAGGUGAAUAUAUAUGUUUGUUCCUGUCAAAACCACCAAUAAUGUAUAGGAUAAUGUAAGGAUUUAUCUGUUGUAAGGGAUGUCCAUUGUCUGUAUUCGAUACCCAAAUUCUCGGUAUCCUGCAUUGCAAUUCUUAUAGACUUAUAAGAUAUAAAAUAGGUGCCUUUAAAAGCAAAAUAUAUUAGUACAGCAAAAAGCAGGAAUUUGAGAAAAAAUGUUAUUGUCAUCGCCAAAUAUUAGUUCUGAAAUUCCUUAAUUCUAAAUAUUAUGACCAUACAUAUCUUCACUUGGCUAAUGUGUUCCCCUGUAAGCAAAAUUUCCUUUGAAUAAUCCCACUUUAGUACAGAAUUUAUAUUGCUACUCAAUUUGUCAUUGUAAAAUAAGAAUAGCGUGGGUUUUCUGUAUUUUAGUCUAAUGCUUGUCGAAUCUGUAUUGAAACAUGCGAUUCGCUGUUUAUGUUAUCAAAAACAACAUCCCUUCGCUUGUACUCAUUUUUAGCAAUAGUUAGCCCUACUACCUCAUUUCUUUUUCCUUUUACCCUCUCAUUUUAUUUUUAGUUUUACUUUGUUUUGCUGUUUCCCAUAUUCGACUAUAUUGAUAAAUUCUGUUUCUGAUAAUUUUGUAAUAUUAGGGUUUAGGUAUGUCCCAACCAAAAUAUUGGUGGACGAAGCCGAAUUGCGAGCCUUUAGAGUGAUAUAUUUGUUUUGAUUAACAUGAUAAAAAUGUGUUUUAAGUUCCCAUUUGUUUCACUUUUUUUUUUUCAGGAAAAAUUCUCAAAAUAAUAUAUUUCAGAAUAAAAAAGAAUUGCUUCAAUAUCAUUUUUGAAUAACUCACUUUUAUCUCAAAUAUAUUGAAGAUUGGUUUUUGGUUUUAUUAAUAAAACUAUUUUAUGAUAAUUUAGAUUUUUGGUAUAAAGAUAUUGAGUAUUUUUUACUAUUGCCAAAUUUUUAUUUUAUUUUUGACCCAAUAUUAAGAAAAAAACUCUUGUUUACAAUACCUCACGUUAUGCCCAUUUUUGUCUAAUAUUUCAAUACCUCACGCCCAGUUGGUAUUGCUCAAUCUUUGAUUCUUGAUUUAGGUACGAAAAGUGUGGCCCGAAGAUCAGCAGCCAUUUUGGGGUUUGUUAAUUUGUGGUUCAUGCUUGAUUAGACCAUAGUUAGACGUUAAAUCAACUUCUACCUGCCUUGUGCUUUGAUAGAAAAAAAUCGAGAUGCAAUGAAAAAUUGCUUUUCCAUUGGAUUUUACCCCAAAACAUUUCUUUAACUAUUCUAUUAUAUAUAUUAUUAUAUUCUUCUGUACAAAAAGCUCCAGCCGGACCCGCAAAUAAAAUUAAAAUAUACAAA